AUGAAGUUCCUAAUGUCCUCAAUGAAGCAAGCAGGAAAGGUGUGUAGAACGCAGGUGAAAGGACAAGCCAACUCAGGAGGCCGGGGCCAGGAUCACCUUCCACAGACUUCAGGACCUCAUUUCCGGAGCCAUCGUGACAACUCCAGCUGUAGGCUGGCUGUGUUCCAGCACAGAAAUUAUAGAUCUGAUAACUUUGUGGGCCAAAAAUUUGGAGAUGCUGAACACUACCUAAAAGCCUGCAGAGUUAUACAUGUUACAACAGAUACUAGAAUAAACUAUCCAGAGAAUGAACAAACCAAUGACAACAAUACCAAUGAAGGUGUAACUUCUGGCCUGGAGAAGCCUGAACCACCAGAGAUAAUCUUACAACAUGUUAACAAAAGUGACACAGAUACCAGACUACAUGUUGUCAAUAUUUCUAAUAACAACUUGAAUACUAGGUUGGAAGAGAUUAAAACAGGAGAUCUUGUACUCGAAGAUUUCAGUGAAAGUGACACAGAUUCCAUACCAGAUGUUGUCAUCCAUUCUGGUAACAACGUAACUACUGACAUGAAAAUGAAUAAAGUAGGAGAUCUUAUACUUGAAGAUGUUAGUGUAAGUGACACAGAUUCCAUACCAGAUGUUGUCAUCCAUUCUGGUAACAACGUAACUACUGAUGACACAGAUUCCAUACCAGAUGUUGUCAUCCAUUCUGGUAACAACGUAACUACUGAUGACACAAAUGCCAUACCGGAUGUUUUCAUCGAUUCUAGUAGCAAUGUGACUACUGACCUGGAGGAUAAUAAAUCAGAAGGUUUUAUAUUUGAAGAUGCCAGUAAAAGUGAAAUUUUAUCUGACUACACAAUACAAGUUGACCAAGAAGAUGUCCAAGAAAGAUUAUUUGGAAUCUUGCUGCUUUUUAUUGAUGUGGUGCUUGUUGUGAGUGAACCUCAUAUUCCUAUGCAACUUCAAAUUUUUUCAUUGGCAAUUGCUAUAUUUUUCUUUAUUAAUGUGCUCCUUCAAGUUUACAUAGAAGGGAGAAAGUAUUAUUUUUCUGAUUUACUUAACAUCUUUGAUAUAGUCAUCAUUAGCAUCACGCUAUGUAUUAAUAUCACCUCCGUAGGUUUUGAAUUUAAUAUUCUUACAAGCAUUCCAAGACUGACUGUUGUAUUUCGACCUAUGCGGCUUAUCACUCUAUUGAGACUAUUUCACCUGGCAAAUCAAAUAAGACAUCUUGAACAAUCAACCAGAAGGAUGGUGUCUGGAAACAAGAGGAGAUACAUCAAGGAUGGAUUUGAUAUAGAUUUGACCUAUAUCACAGAGCGCAUGAUUGCCAUGUCAUUUCCUGCCUCUGGACGACUGGCAUUGUAUAGGAACCCGAUAGAGGAGGUCGUCCGAUUCCUCGACACCAAACACUUUGGCCAUUAUUUCGUAUACAACCUCUGUAGUGAGAAAUCUUAUAACCCGCUACAUUUCCACGACCGAAUGCAUAGGAUAAUGAUUGAUGACCAUAAUGUUCCCAGCCUUGAGGAGAUGAUUCAGCUCUCCAAAGACAUUGUUGGUUGGUUGGACUUGGAUCCUCAAAAUGUUGCUGCGCUUCACUGUAAAGGAGGCAAAGGGCGAACGGGAACAAUGAUUUGUGCUUGUCUUAUUGCAACUGGAAUAUUUCCAACUGCUAAGGAAAGUCUGAAAUGGUUCGGCUGUCGCAGAACCGAUUUUAGUCGAGGUCCCAAAUUUCAAGGGGUAGAAACCCCCUCACAAAGUCGGUACGUUGAGUACUUUGAGAUCGUUAAAAAAAUAUUUAAUUGGAGUUUACCUCCUCAGAGAACAGUGAAAAUUACCAAGAUUAUAAUCUACUCAAUUCAUGGAGAUGGAACUGAUCUAAAAAUAGACAUCAUAAUGCGUCGAGAGACCAUAUUUAGUAGCACACCCGAAAACUGCGUGUUACAACAUGAUGUAGAGGCCAAUAGAGCAAUAAUUGUUAUAUUAGACUGUCCGAACUUGCUUGCUGACAUAAAAGUGAAGUUUUCAUCACCGAUCAUACCCAACUACUAUGAUGACUGCGCCUUCUUCUUCUGGUUCAAUACUGCUUUAAUAAAGAAGAAUCGACUGUAUCUCUCACGAGACCGUUUGGAUAAUCCGCACAAAGAAAAGACUUGGGAUAUUUAUCGCCCUGAUUUUGGCACAGAACUGUACUUCAAAGAAGUAUCUUGA